GCGAAUAUUUUCCAUUUUCGCAGUCCUGUAAUCAGUUGUGUAUAGGACACUCGCGUGCGCGCGUCGAACGGUUUCUGGCCAAAUUGUGCGAACUGAAGGUGUGUGUUUGUGUGUGUGUGCGGGUGUGUAUGAACCUUAACGGUAAACGGAAAAUGGGAAAGGGAAAUGGGGAAAACGCUGCGCGGUUUCUGCUGAUACCGAAUCUCUAGAAUUAAUGGCUGCUUGGUAUUUUUCUUUAUCCCAACAGUAACAGCUAAGAAAAAAAAAAAAAACAAAAACAACUACGGCAACAGCAAGAACAAUCGGUAUUUUAACGUGAAAUUAACGAAGGAAUUUAGCCAGGUAGCAAAAAUGUAAGCACCGAGGGAGUAUGCAAAUAAAUUAAUAAGCCAAAGUCAUUAACAAAUUAAAACGAGACACGCAAGGCCGAGAAAAAUAUCCUUUAUAUCCGUUGGCGGAGAGCAAACUAUACACGAAAAGUAACACAAGUCAAGUGCUUCAAGGAGCUGUUUGCUGGAAUGCUUUGAGGUUAAUACCACCCACCCAGCCAGUCAGUCAGCCAGCCAGCCAUCCUUUCCCUUCGUCUUGGCCAUCUCUUCCCCAGCCUUCUCUUGGCCCUCCACUCGACAGCGCCGCUUUCGUCACCGUCAAAAGGCAUCGAAGAAAUGGUUGCCUCAUUAGCGACUUAGUGAAAUGGCGUACGGGAAACCGUAGAAAAGAAACCAGAAACCACCAAAAAAAUAAAAAGGAUAUACUGAAAGGGAUUAAAAGCAGAGGCCGCUGAAAAGGAGGCGAACCCAUAAAAAAAGGACAAAGAAAUUGAAUACUUAUAGCGAAUUUGAGCAUAAUGAGUUCGUUCUCUUGCCUCUAAAACCGAACAACUUAAAUGCAAAUUGAUAUUAGGCUGCAAAUCAUAAUCAACACGGCAAUUAAUUGAAUACGAAACCAAGUCAACAGUAAUUAAGGAGCAACCAUGGCCUCACCACCGGAGAGUCCCAUCGAGGAGGUGGUCUAUGAGUUGGAACACACACGCGUGCCUAAGCCCAUUCCCGUUGCCCUAGAGGAUCUCUGCCGCCAGACGAAGUUCACAAAACAGGAGAUUCGGGUCAUGUACAGAGGAUUCAAAACUGAAUGCCCCGAGGGCGUGGUGCACGAGGAUUGUUUUAAGGAUAUUUACGCCAAAUUCUUUCCGCAUGGCAAUUCCAGUUUAUACGCUCAUUAUGUGUUCAAAGCGUUCGAUGUUAAUUGCAAUGGCGCCAUUAGUUUUCGGGAUUUACUGGUCACCUUAUCGACAUUGCUGCGCGGCUCCGUCUACGAGCGCCUGCGUUGGACCUUCAAGUUAUACGACCUGAACGGCGACGGUCGGAUCAGUCGCGGAGAGUUGAGCGAAAUUAUAUUGGCCAUACACGAGCUUAUGGGAAGGAGACCGCACCAGCCUGAGGACGAUCGCAAGGCGAGAGAUCAGGUGGAUCGUGUCUUUCGCAAGUUGGACUUGAAUCAGGACGGGAUUAUAACGAUAGAGGAAUUUUUGGAGGCCUGUCUGAAGGACGAUUUAGUAACGCGCUCGUUGCAAAUGUUCGACAAUGACCUCUGAUGACAAGAGAAUGAGCCAGAGCUACGCAGUUCCAGGACUAUAAUAUCGCUUAUAGAUCUCUAAAUGAAAUAAGCGUUGAAAAACAACCAUAAAAUUUGAAAAAUUUACAAAAAAAAAAAAUGAGAAAAGUGGAAAAAAUUCAUAACAAAUACAUAACACCAGUGAAAUUGAUUGCAAAAAUGGAAGUGAAUCGUAUUAGUAAUUAACAUUAGCUUAGGAUGAACAUUUAAAAACCAAACUUUAAACUUUAUGAGUGUGUUAUUAUAUAACUAACGAUGAGAUCGACUAAGAUUGAUCCGAUUAUGAAGAAUAUGUAAUUUUUUGAGCAUAUGAAUUUAUUCCUGCCGUGAAAAGCGAAUUGGUCUUUUAUGUAUUUACGAUAUAUAUGUCUGUAUGUAAGUAUAUGUAUGACAUAUAAACAAUGAACAAUGCAAACGAACUUCACUUAAAGAACAAAACUAAACUAAACCACCAAACCGAAUGUUUGAUUCAGGAAAGGAAUUGGUAUACCGACAACAAGAGAUAUCGAGCUCUCAACACGAUUUACUUUACUAUAAAUAUAAACAACAUUAUACUAUAAUAUUUACACUUAACUAGCAACGAUAGAAUACCAACAAGGAUGUUAUGAAUUGAUUUUUUUUUUUCGUUUUUAUCGUGAAAAUUUUCAAAGUUGCCAACCCUUUGCGUCGCUGUCAAUUAAAACAUUAACUGCGGCACAUGAAAAUUAAAUUAAAGCUUGGGGGGAAUUCUGUUUAUAAUUAUUUUUGACUUGCACAGCUCGCUUUCUCCCAUCAACUAAUUGAAUUUGCAAUUUUCGCCACAUCUGCCAGGUGCAACAUUGGUUUAAAAUGGAAAAAUAAAUUCCGUAAACACGCAUUAAUAAUAUAUGCCUGGGUUUUUUGUGCCCAACCAACCACCGAUAUAUAAAAAUAGCACAUGACAAUUACGUUUUAUUUAAUAUUUAUACAAGGUCGUGUUGAUUUUUUAAUAUAAACUGCACGACUCUUCGAUUGCAUUCAAUUACAUGCGUCACAACGCAUUGUAUUUACCAAUGAUGACAAGAAACAUCGCCCCAAUAAUGAAAUCAAGGUUUUCUGCACAGGAAGCUGGACAAAUAUUGUUGAACAAAUUAAGAAACUGCAUCCUUCGAGAGCGUCCUUUCACAAACAUUGAAUGCUUAACUGUGCACGGACAAGACAGGACAAUCAAUGUGGUUCGAUAUUUCCUAUUUCCUUUUUAAGUUUUACCCAUCGUUCUUCCAUUAUUGCUUUAAUUACGAAUCAUAUUAUAAUUCUGUACAAACUCAUGCAGAAGCCUUAAAAAGACGGAAGGAAAUGAAACAGAGAGAGGUCAGAGAAUAACUCCUUUUUAUAUUAUUGAAUUGGGGAAAACAAAAUAGCCUAACACUUAAGGUGGAUUCUUGAGCUCUAAUCGUUUAUUAGGAGCGAAAUAUUUGAAUGUUGGAUUUGAAAGCGUGUCAGAGAACUAUUAUUAACUUUAGAUGUUUAACAUAGAUUUGAUCUUAAUUUACUUAAGAUGGAUCUGAGCUUCAGCAGGGUUAAAUAAUAAAUAUAUACUAAUUAAAUAUUCUACUACACUUCUAAGAGUUUCCAAUAGGCCUACAGAAUACCAUAGAUCUUCUUCCAUAAAUGUUCACAGAUGUAAUGUGUAAUUAUCCGUCAGAAGUACUCCCAUCAACCGGCAAAGCCAUUUCAUAUGCAAUCAUUACCACAAAUCUAAACGUUAGUUGAAAGGUGUUUAAAAUAACUUGCGUUUAAAAGUAUCUAUGCGACCUACUUGAUAAACCACCCACAAUUUCUAUAUCUUAAGGAACGAUCUAUGCAAUACAAACGUACACUGUCCAAAAAAUAUGAAUGGGAAACUAAUUGAUGUUUACUUAUCAUCCCAAUCGAGGAUGCUAAAUGUCUAACUAGUCAAAAUAAUAAAUUAUGAAAUCGAAACGCUUAAACCUAAAGUUAAAUCCCUUUUAAAACCUAAGUCGUUUAUUAGCCCAAACUAAUUGGAAAAUAACGUAAUAAAUCGGUUUUAGCUGCUAUUUGCUGUCGAACGAAGAUGCUAUGCUAUUUCCAAUUUUAAAUGUGCAUAGCCUAAUGGAAUGGAAUCAGAAAUCCAUGCCAGACUUCACUAUGUGUGUAACUAUCGUGUAGAAAAUUAUUUUUAGCAUUGCCCUAACAUCAAAUUUAGUUUAAUCUAAAUUGAAUCAAAACGUACCUAUAGCAAAUGUAAAUUACGAUAAUAAUUUUUCAAGCUAAGUAAUUUUUAAGAAAAAUCAAAGAAAUUGAAUUCAACGCUAUCAUUGAACCUUCUAGAGUUUUACUUUCUAAAUUAAUAUACCUACCUUAUUUUAUCCCUAUGAAUAUUGAAAAAAAAAACAAAAUUAACAAGAGGAAACGUGGUUAGUGAUUUGGAUCGAUUAUACAUAAGUGCAUGAUAGUCAAUCUCAUUCCAGUAAUAUAACUAUCAUACUAUACGACAAACCCAUAAGCAUAUGUAUAAAUUAUAAUAAUUUAAUUGUCUAAAAGUCCUCUUGAUACGUUUUACCAUCUACUGUUCAUUAUUCCAGCAUAGUUAUAUCUUAAAAUCAUUAAUGUUUGUUGUUCCUUUAGAAAGGAAAACUGAAGGAAUUCAAACUUAAGAGAAAAUAAAUAUUCUGUUAAAUAAUGUGGACUAACAACCGAAUACUAAGUGUUAGUUUUAGAGGGUCUUAUGAAUGUCACAACCUAAGUUCUUAACCACUCCACUAAUUUUUAGUUCCAUAUCUAGUAUGACAAACAAUAGUAACGAAUAAGAAAUAAAAAAAACUUCUUAUGCCACUUAAUAAAAUAAUAUUGAAGAUUGAAAACAACAAAUGCAAGCCUUGCCAAUGACAAAGUGGGUAAAGGUUAAAAAUUUUAAUAAAAAUAACUAUUUAAUUAU